UCACCGCCCCGGCGUGGAGGCUCGACCGCGACUGCGACAACCAACCCCGCCUCCAUUCCGAUGCUUAUAGUAGGGAGUAGCGUGGUCACUCCUCAUUAGAGAGAGAGACCGUUAAAAGAAGACAGCCAGUCGAGGAAACGUUCCCGGUUAAAUUUUUAACUCUUCCAGCAUUCUAACGAACGCAUCCUUCAGUGGCGGCACUGUCAACGAAAGCGUUGGACAUCUUCACGUGGACCACGAACCAGGAGCCUGAUGGCUUCCGACGACAAGAAGAGCCGUUCCAUGGUAAUUGAUGGCAUUCCAUACACCAGGUUCGUGGAUAAACUUUUCUUCAAGGCAAAGGAACUUAAGCUGCAGGAAGGCGACGUGGUACAGGUGGCGUUUCCAAAAUGCGGAACUCACUGGGUGCAGCAGAUCAUACAGCUGAUUCUCCACAAGGGAGAGGGACCACGUGACUUCGAGGAGUUCGUCAAGCGCUCUCCCUUCAUCGAGUUCCAAGGCGAAGAAGCCAUCGAGGGAAUGGAGGCACCACGAACGAUGCGCACUCACUUGCCAUUUCGUCGUCUACCGUUCGAUCGGAAGGCAAAGUACGUCUACGUUGCACGAAACCCUUGGGACACCGCAAUUUCGUACUACCACUUUAUGGCCAUGAUACCCGACUGGGAGCUGCGAAAUGCGAGUUUUGACGAAGUGCUAGACGCCUUCAUAAAGGGACAAUCGGGUUUCGGCGACUACUUCAAACAUGUCGCAGAAGGCUACGCUCACAGGGACGAACCCAACGUUUUCUUUAUGACUUACGAGCAGCUAGCGCGGGACAAACGCGGGACGAUCAUCAAGUUGGCCCGCUUCCUUGGCGAAGAGCACGGAAAUAAACUGGAAGACAACGACGACUUACUUCAAACUAUCGAGGAUCGUAGCAGCGUGCCGUACAUGAAAGGGUUUCUCAAGACAACUCACGAGGAACUGGCCCGCCUAUUUGUCAAAGAUCCCGAAAUCCUAGCCAUGAUGGCAAAACUAGAGACGGAAGAAUCUCGCACACAGUUUAAGGAGGAAGUCAACUUUGUCCGCGUUGGGAAGGCCGGUGGGUGGCGCGAGGCCUUGACAAAGGAGCAGCUGACGAGAAUUGAGGACAAGAUACAGGAGGCUUCGAAGGACUCAGACUUUAUGAGCCUGUGGGCGAAGGAGUGGCAGGACGCCAAGAAUAUAGCCAGCGCUUGAUACAAAAUUUUCCAUGGCACACAAAGUGAACUCUGAGAACUGAACUGGUAGAGAAGUAAGAACUGAAUGGCUAUUCAAAUUUACUACAGUGGCCACGUGUUUGCGUAACGACUAGCUUCACAAAAAUAAAUUCCCCUGAUGCACUCUAAGCUGGUCACAGAGAAAUUCGCUCGCCUGUUUUCAUUGUUACAGCGGCACCAGUAAGAGUCGCCUGCAUGGAACAAACGAGAAGAAAGGGGGUUAACCGAGUGGCCCAAUUUUUAUUAGUCAUAUCAUAAGAAGCCAACAAACACUGACACCAAGGACAACAUAGCAGAAAUUACUUGUGCUUAAUAAAUGAAAUAAAGAAACGAUAAAUUAUUGGAAAUUAAGGUGGAAGAAAAAACAACUUGCCGCAGGUGGGAACCGAACCCACAGCCUUCGCAUUUCGGGUGCGAUCCUCUCAAAAUUGAGCUACCGCGGCGCUGUUUCCCCAUCAACUUUCUUGGGUAUUUGUGUGUCCUAGUAGAACCCUGGGAGUGUUAGCCAGCGCCACCACUCACAGACCUUACCGGCUAACGUGGUACGUCCUUUUCGCCGCAGGCGUCACGAGAACGUGAUCUUUUUGGGUGAAGGCAACUGGUCAAUAAACCCACAUAUGCUACCUGAAGGCAUCCAUGUAGCCGGAUUCGAGACCCUCGUUAAGUAAUAUACGAGAAGAAAGGGGGUUAACCGAGGCGCCCGAUAUUUAAUAGUCAUAUCAUAAGAAGCCAACAAACACUGACACCAAGGACAACAUAGGGGAAAUUACUUGUGCUUAAUAAACGAAAUAAAGAAACGAUAAAUUAAUGGAAAUUAAAGUGGAUGAAAAAAACAACUUGCCGCAGGUGGGAACCGAACACACAACCUUGGCAUUUCGCGUGCGAUGCUCUACCAAUUGAGCUACCGCGGCGCGGUGCAUGGCACAAGGAAUUCAUGAUCGGCAGCUUGACGUCGCAGGCGUCGGCCACAAAGAGUCACUGUCAAAUGAACACGGCCGAACCUGGCCAAGGCGUAAUGACGGCGGCCACACUUUCGUCACGUCAUCAUUGGCAGUUCAAAUGUCAGUCCUUGCAAGCACGUAUUUGGCAUUCCCAAGCACUCGCAUUUCAAACUAUCAGGUUCGCCGUCAUUGGAAGCCAAUGCGUAGCCUUUACAUCGGCAUUGGAAACUACAACUUUAGGCUGCUCGCAAGAGGGGCCAUAGGUGCAUAGAAUUAAGUCAACACCAGCGCUGAGGCACGAGCACUGGUGAGAGGAAGUUGUGAAAUCGUAUUGCUCCGCACACUUGUUCAGCACCCCGGUAGCUUCCUUUAACGAGUUCAUGUAUUACAAUAUGUCUUUCGAAGCCCGUUUAUAUGGCGCACUAGUUAUAUGCGGACGUUACAAUAUCUGAUUUCAGUAUUUCUUUCUGUAAUAAAUCUAUUUGACAUGCUGCA